AUGGCUUCCGUAGACGUGUCGACGCAGAGGAGCGCUCUCCUGAACGACGCGGCCGUUCUGGAGCAUCUACCUACCGAAAUACUAGAGGUUAUCAGAAACCAUACCUCAUCACGCCUCCUCGACGCCGUUGCAGAGGCUGCUCUCAUUCCCCAACUUACAGAUCGAAUUUUCAUUCACUUUGAGAAUGUCUUUCCUGAUAUCUGCGCCCGUUGGCUCCUCAACCUCGACAACCAAGCCGUCAAUGGCAAGAAUAGACAAAUCCUUGCGUCUGUCGCGAGGAUAUUACCAUUUGCUCCGUAUUUAUCGGAAUUCCUGCAGUAUGUCAUGAGAGACGACUUGACGAAAACGACACCGGAUACCAUCCAGACGCUCACCCUCCGAUUCCCAAAACUCACCACUUUUUCUCCCACACAAGAUUCCGACCUUCUGAAGCUACUAUUAGCAGCAUGGCGGCUCGUCUGUUUCGAUCAAAGGACAUAUGGCAUCCUGGUCUCACCAACACACAUGCAAACUCUCUUCUCACAUGAGAGCCGCGCCGUCCGGUACUUGGCCAUCCGAAUUUUCACCCAGCUCCUUCGCGCUGCCGACUCAAAGCUGGAGGCUCUCAUCACCGAGUACGUCGGGGCGACGGAGGCCGUCCUCGCUGACUUUGAUGGGCGCGAGGUAGACUACGGGUUCCUGAGUCUGUAUGAAGAUGCGCGGAUCAAGCAGGUAUCAACCCUGCGCCGGGAGGUCUGCGAUGCUUCACAGAGCAAUGAAAUCCACUCUUUUCCACCGCAAUCACUCACUCUCUAUGUUGCGUGCUACGGCAAGACAAUACUGCCGAGACCGUCUGGACCGGUCGACAAGAAUUCGUCCCUUGUGCUGACGUCCACUACCACCAAAAACCUUGAGAGCCUGGCUGGCCUCCUGAAGAAAGCAAGCCCGAUUCUCCUUCAUGGCCUGCCCGGCUCUGGAAAGACCUCACUGGUUCAUGAAGUUGCAAAGGAGUUUGGAAAGCAUUCUGAGAUGGUGACAUUGCACAUCAAUGAGCAAACAGACGCAAAGAUGCUCAUUGGACUCUAUUCAACCGAUUCAAAACCUGGAACCUUUUCAUGGAGAGCCGGUGUGCUGACAACUGCAGUCAGAGAAGGUCGCUGGGUUCUUAUCGAAGACCUGGAUAGAGCACCCAACGAAGUCAUCAGCACACUUCUCCCCCUGAUCGAGCGCGGCGAGCUCCUCAUCCCGAGCAGAGGUGAGCGUAUCAAGGCUGCCAACGGAUUCCGUCUCUUUGGCACGGUGAGAAGUUCACGCGGCAUGCAUGGUCGCGAGACGCUGCCUAAUCUCCUGGGCAUGCGGUUCUGGCAACUACUCUCGGUACAGACUCCCACAGAGACCGAGCUACAGGACAUCAUUGUUGGGUCCCACCCCAUCUUACACAAGUUUGCGCCUGGUAUUCUCGCUGUAUACAAGCGCUUGUCAAAGCCAAUGUCCGGCAAUGUUCCCCUCUUGUCCAGCCGCGGCAUGGCCGACCGUCAAACCAGCUUGCGAGAUCUAUUGCGGUGGUGCAGACGCCUUGCGGCUACACUACACGAGGCAGGCUGCAAAACUGGCGAGGAACCUGUCACUGACACUAUUCGAAUGAACAUGUUCAAGGAGGCCAUUGACUGCUUCGUCGCUGGUAUUCCCGACGUCCAGGCCAGGCAGCACUUCAUUUUCGGCAUCGCUGAGGAGAUGCAUAUGCCGAAGGAGCUAGUCGAGCAUCACUUGGGAAGCUACAUCCCGGAGCUCGAGCAAAACGAUAGCCUUUUCAAGAUUGGUCGAUCAACACUGCGCAAGCGGAAGGACCGCGUGAACAAGGCCGCCCUAGCCAAGAAGCCCUUUGCCAGUACCACGCACGCAAAAAAGCUGUUGGAGCAGACCGCAGUAGCUGUAAACCUUGGCGAGCCGAUCCUCCUUGUUGGUGAGACUGGUAUCGGAAAGACGACAGUCGUCCAGCAGCUGGCCGACACGUUGGGUCACAAGCUGGUCGCCAUCAACCUCUCGCAGCAGAGCGAAGCCGGAGAUCUUCUCGGAGGCUUCAAGCCUGUCAACGUGAGGAGUCUGGCUGUUCCUCUGAAGGAGGAAUUCGAGGACCUGUUCUCGGCGACCGGCAUCUCGACAACGAAGAACCAGCGCUACCUCGAACAGCUCGGAAAGUCGUUCGCCAAGGGACGGUGGGCGAAGGCGGCCAAGUACUGGCGUGAAGCGCCCAAGAUGUUUAGGAAGAUCGUCGACGAGCUCGCUCGGCGCGAGAGGGAGCAAAGCCAAGCCCGUGACGAGGCAGGCCAGCCAACGAAGCGCCGCAAGACCGAGUCCAAGCUUCAAAGCCUCAUGGAGCUCAGCCCCCGUUGGGACAAGUUCUCCAACAGCCUGGAACAAUUCGAGGUUCAAUUGUCUGGAGGUUCAACCGCGUUCGCAUUCUCAUUCGUGGAGGGAAACAUCAUCAAGGCCGCCCGGAAUGGUGACUGGGUGCUCCUCGACGAGAUUAAUCUGGCAUCACCUGACACUUUGGAAGCCAUCGCGGACCUACUGACAGGACCCGUUGAGACACCCUCAAUUCUCUUGUCCGAAACAGGAGAGAUCGAGAGGAUCAGAGCACACCCCAACUUCCGCAUCUUUGGUGCCAUGAACCCGGCGACAGAUGUUGGCAAGCGUGAUCUUCCUAUCGGCAUCCGGUCUCGUUUCACUGAGCUCUACGUUGACAGUCCUGAUAAGGACGUGAAGGACUUGGUCACCAUCGUCAAGACGUACCUGAGGAACAGCAGCAUCAAGGAUGAACAUGCCGCAGAUGAUAUUGCGGCGUUGUACAUGAACACCAAGAGACAUGCCGAGGAGAAGAGAAUCGUGGACGGAGCCAACGAAGUGCCGCAUUUCAGUCUUCGUACUCUCACCCGAGUCUUGACAUUCGUCAACUACAUUGCCCCCUUUUACGGUAUUCGUCGAGCCUUGUACGAGGGUUUCUCCAUGGGAUUCCUUACCCUUCUCGACAGAAACUCGGAAAAGAUGGUUAUGCCGUUGAUCGACCUUCACUUGUUUGGCCGAAUCUCCAAUCCGCAGUCUCUGCUUUCACAACCGCCAAGACAACCAGAUGACGGUAAGCAGUACGUACGGUUCCGUAACAAGGCAAAGGACCGUCACUACUGGCUUGCCCAGGGAGAAGAACCAACUCUGGAACGAACCGAUUAUAUCAUCACGCCCUAUGUUGAACGCAACCUUCUCAACCUCGUGCGAGCGACAUCUACGCGGCGAUUCCCCAUUCUCAUCCAAGGUCCGACAUCAGCAGGAAAGACGAGUAUGAUUGAGUAUCUUGCCAACUUCACAGGCAACAAGUUUGUGCGCAUCAACAAUCACGAGCACACGGACCUGCAAGAAUACCUGGGAACGUAUGUAUCGGACUCGUCAGGAAGACUUCGCUUCCAAGAAGGUCUCCUCGUGCAAGCCAUGCGACAGGGCCACUGGAUCGUCCUGGACGAGCUGAACCUUGCUCCGACCGACGUCCUGGAAGCACUGAACCGUCUGCUCGACGACAACCGAGAGCUCCUGAUCCCCGAAACACAGGAAAUCGUGCGACCGCACGAGAACUUCAUGCUUUUCUCCACACAAAACCCUCCUGGUCUGUACGGUGGCCGCAAGGUGCUUUCGCGUGCGUUCCGUAACCGUUUCUUGGAGCUGCACUUUGACGAUAUCCCCGAGGACGAAUUGGAGUACAUUCUCCAAAACAGAAGCAUCAACACUGCACCCUCAGACUGCAAGCGAAUCGUCACAGUCUACAAGGAGCUCUCUCGUCUCCGCCAGACGAGUCGCCUGUUUGAGCAAAAAGACAGUUUCGCAACGCUCCGUGACUUGUUCCGAUGGGCCCUGCGAAAGGCAGACACGAGAGAGCAAAUUGCCAUCAACGGAUUCAUGCUUCUCGCCGAGCGUGUCCGAGUCGAGGAGGAACGGACUGCGGUCAGGGAGGUCAUCGAGACCGUGUUCAAGGUCAAGAUUGACCCAGACGUCCUAUACACUGCCAAUUCAUCACCAAUCUUGACCGCGGUUCUUGGCAAGGCCAACAACCAUGGCGUUGUGUGGACUCGCGCCAUGCGUCGUCUCUAUGUUUUAGUGCAUGCUGCAAUCCUCAACAAUGAGCCAGUCCUUCUCGUGGGUGAGACUGGAUGUGGCAAAACCACCGUUUGCCAGAUUCUCGGCGAUGUACUUGGAAAGGAGUUGCACAUCGUCAACGCUCACCAGAACACCGAGACGGGAGAUCUCAUCGGCUCCCAGAGACCCGUGAGAAAUCGCGGUACCAUCUCGGAGACACUCAAGAGUGAUCUGAGUGCUCUCCUUGGAGCGCUUGGCGAAGACGCGACAGGCCCGCUGAACGUGCUGCUGCAACAGUAUCAUGGGCUUGCGGCGGAUAAGCUGGCCAGGGUCGACGCUGCCACGCAGGAGAAGAUUGCAUCCCUGGAAGCCAAGAGCAAAGCCCUGUUCGAGUGGUCAGACGGAAGUCUCGUUCACGCCAUGAAGGCUGGCCAGUACUUCCUUCUCGACGAGAUUUCUCUCGCAGACGACUCGGUCCUGGAGCGUCUGAACUCGGUCCUCGAACCUGGACGCUCUCUCCUCCUGGCAGAGAAGGGUAUCGACAACUCAUUCGUCACCGCGACAGACGGUUUCCAGUUCUUCGCCACCAUGAACCCCGGAGGUGAUUUCGGCAAGAAAGAACUGUCGCCGGCGCUGAGGAACCGUUUUACCGAGAUCUGGGUCCCUGCCAUGUCCGAGAUGGACGACAUGCUUGACAUUGUCGUUUCCAAGCUGGACCCGUCCUUCCAGGCUUUCGGGAAGCCUGUGGUACAAUUUGCUCAUUGGUUUGGCCAGACUUUCAGAUCAUCGUCCUCUACCGCCUUCUCUAUCCGUGACAUCCUCAUCUGGGUUAACUUCAUCAACCUAUGCGGCCCUGCCGCACCUCAAUUUGCGAUCGUCCACGGCGCAGCGACCGUCUUCAUUGACAGCUUGGGUGCUAACCCCUCGGCAUUACUGGCGAUGGACCCCAAGGCGCUCGACUCACAAAGGCAGAAAUGUCUUGACAAGCUUAGUGAACUUCUUGGGUACGAUACCACAGCGGUCUACCGCGCUCAGCCCGAGGUCGUCUUGACCGACGACAGACUGUCCAUCGGCGAUUUCGGUUUGCCCCGGGAAGCAGGCCGUUCCACAGACCCCAGCUUUGCGUUCAACGCCCCAACCACGAGACUUAACGCCAUGCGAGUUAUGCGUUCCCUCCAAAUGCGAAAGCCCAUUUUGCUCGAAGGUAGCCCUGGUGUUGGCAAGACGACCCUUGUGGCUGCACUGGCUCGUGUUUGCGGCCGUCCUCUGACUCGUAUCAACUUGUCAGACCAGACCGAUCUGAUGGAUCUCUUUGGUACGGAUAUGCCUGUCGAGGGCGCUGAAGCUGGCAACUUUGCUUGGCGCGAUGCUCCUUUCCUCCAGGCUAUGCAGAACGGCGAAUGGGUCUUGCUGGACGAGAUGAACUUGGCCUCUCAGUCUGUUCUAGAAGGUCUUAAUGCCUGUCUCGACCAUCGUGGCGAGGUAUACAUCUCAGAACUUGACCAGGUUUUCAGGAGGCAUCCUAACUUCAGGUUGUUCGCUGCACAGAACCCUCAUCACCAGGGAGGUGGCAGAAAGGGUCUUCCCAGCUCCUUUGUGAACAGAUUCAUCGUCGUUUACGCCGACACCUUCACAGCGGAAGACCUCCUGCUUAUUGCUCAACACAACUUCCCGACUAUCCCAACUGAUGUCGUAAGCGGAGUCAUUCAGUUCAUUUCUCGCUUGGAUCACCAAGUCGCAAUCGAAAAGGCAUUUGGUGCACACGGCAGCCCUUGGGAGUUCAACUUGAGAGAUAUUCUGAGAUGGCUGCACCUCGUUGCCACCAAGGACCCCCUUCUGGCCACUGGCAAGCCAGAUGACUUCCUUGACCUCAUUAUCCGCCAACGCUUCCGAUCCUCCAUGGAUCGUGAUGAGGUCAACAAGCUCUUUGCCGAGGUCUUUGCUAGAGAGCCGGAAGGCCACAGUCUUUACCACGAUACCAAUGCCGCCUUCUCUCAAGUCGGAAAUGCACUCCUGCCCAGAAACCAAACUUCUCAACCGCUGGAACUGCCAGGCAUCGAUAUCGUUCCGCGCCUGCCUGAGAUCGAGUCCUUGAUGAUCUGCAUCAAACAAGACAUCCCAUGCAUCCUCAGUGGACCCUCGGGUAGCGGAAAGUCGGUGCUUCUCGAGCACGUCGCUGCUCUCGUCGGCAAGCCCCUUGUUGUAUUCCCUCUGAAUGCAGAUAUCGAUACAAUGGACUUGGUCGGUGGCUUUGAGCAGUCAGACCCUCUUCGCGAAGUCAACGCCACUUUGCGCGAGCUUUACGAGGGCCUGCAGACCACAGUCCUGACCAGAGUGCCAAGUCAAGUUCCGUCGUCAGCGCUGGCUCUGCUGUACCUUUUGGAGACCUACCGUGGAGACACCGAUGACCUGCCUGCCAUCAGGAGUGCAGUCGAACAACUGCUUGCGGAAGUGUCGAGUGAGUCGGAUAUUGGAGCCCUCCUUUACACGGCUCAUUCGGUCUUGCGGAAUUCGUUGACUGUCAGCAACCCCCGUUUCGAGUGGCUCGAUGGUGUCAUUGUCAAGGCUUUGGAGACUGGACAGUGGCUGGUGCUUGACAAUGCCAACCUGUGCAACGCCUCCGUUCUGGACAGACUCAACUCGCUUCUUGAGCCCAACGGAUUCUUGAGUAUCAACGAGCAUUGCGGGCCCAACGGCGAGCCUCGCAUCAUCAGACCGCACCCAGAGUUCCGUAUCUUCCUCACCGUCGAUCCCCGGUAUGGAGAGCUUUCGAGAGCCAUGAGAAACAGAGCCGUUGAGAUCCAUCUCAGCGAGAGGAAGACGCAAACCGUCAACAGCUCUGGAUCCCAGGUUCACGUGGAAAGCAACCUGCAACGAUUCUCUUCCUCAAAGGACAUCUCCUUCUCGGCCUUGAAUGCGAACGAAUCCUCCGAUGUCAGCCAUGCCACGUUCGGAAACCUGUCGCUAAGAGACACAGCCCUCAUGAAGAGAUUCUCUCACUCUCUGCGCCGUGGCCUGGCUGAUCCUAGCUGGCCCGGACUCGACAAGUACGAAGGUUCCCUUAAUGAGCAACUCGGGUUCCUCGAUGCUGCCGAUACAGCUAGCCUCCGCAGCGCAAUUUCCCAACUCUAUGCCAAACUGCCUGGGUCCGACUCGGGUCUCAGAGAAGCCCAGCCUCUUAACCCUCUUCACAACGCUUCCAUGGUGAGAGUCUUGGGUCGCAGCAACGACGAAUUGCCUUUCUGGCUGUCUGUCUGCUACGAGUUCCUCUUGGAGGUCCAACGUUGCCAGUCUGCCAUUUCUGCACAAGCCACCAAGGCCAAGGCGGUGAAGCUCGCUUCUCUGAACCGACUUCAACGAUCCAUCGUCUCGGAUCGCAUCGCAGCAGUAGCCAAGGAUUCCACGGUUAGGGUAUCAAAGUUCCUGUCAAGAACUCUCCAGGUCAUCAAGACCUUCAUCCAGUCCAACCUCGCGACAGCCCAAGGCUGGAAGGAACGUGCCCAGGUUAUCCGGAACAUGCUGGACUUCUGGUGGCGAACCCUCCACCUGACAACUGGGGACCUGUUUGAGGAGGCACGCUUCCAGGCUCACUUGGUCCAUGGUGUUGAGGCCGUGCAGAAGCUUCUUUCAUCAGAAACACAUUCCAUCAACAAGCAGCUUGCCGAUCGCUAUCUUCAGACCGUGGAAGAAGACUUCACCACUGGCUUCCGCCUGACCACUGGCUUGAGCAUGGAGAUCAUGUGGAAGCGAAUUAAGCCGCUCCCCAUCAUGAGCGAAGAGAUCCUCAAGAGAAGUCAAGAGGUUGAGCGUCUGGGUAUUCGACUUGACGAGCUCAAAUGGAAGGUCAAGGCAUCCGUCUCUGACCUCGCUAGAGCCAUGUCAACCCUCGUCAAGGCGGAUCAGAUUGUGCGAGGCACUGAUCUCGACGCCACCGAGCUCAUCCAGGACCUGUCCAAGGAGAUUGAACUUUUGGAAUCCAAGGUGGGCUCCGAGACAAGCGAAGUGAAACCGUUCUUCGCAGCAGAGUUCGAGACCCUCCGCCAGGCUUCCCUCUUGAAAUCUCAUGCCGGCCAAUACCUGGAAGCUGUGCCCUAUGGCGCCAACGACGCUGAACUUACGGUCUUGUCGAACCAGAAUACCAUCGACCAGAUCCGCCUAGGCAGCUUCCAGUCUAGAGAAGCGCAUUCGCUUACGGUUGGCCAGCUUGCGUCCCAAGACCCGGGCACUCAUGUGUGGAAUGGCAGACUCGCAACGUCGCUCUUGUCAAGACUCAACUCGAUUCAAUCAACUAGUCUGCGUUCCCUGGGUCUCCUGGAGACCGAGCUCCCUGCCUUGGGCCGGUCCGUGGCCGCCUUGGCUCCGGUGCUGCAGAAGAAUCAAAUCGUUGCCCUCAACAGAGUCAUAAAGUCACUUAUCGCAGAUAUCUUCAGCCUGUAUAGCGAUGAAGGAGACGUCCACAGUGAGACGCUAUACAACAGAAUCAACCAAAUGUUCGAGGACAACAAACAAGAUGACACUUUGGGCACUGUGGGAAAAGUCCUGGGUCUUGGGUUUGGGAAAGCGCUUCAGUGCAGCGAAUGGCCACAGCAUCUGCCGCGACUUGUCGAGGAUCACUUCAGUACGGCGAUGCUUUACGUCGUAGCAUCUGACAGGCUGUUUGAAAACCCCGAUGAGACCGAGACUGUUGAGGCCUCCAUGAUGCCCGGGUUUACUGCCAUGGCAUGGUCCGAAUUUGCCAACGGCGCCAUCAGGCUCUACGUGCCCGACAAAUCUUUCGACCCGCAACUCCGACCGCAGUUCGAAAAGGACGUCCAUGAUGAGUUGACCAACCAGCUGCAGCAUAAGCUCUCAUCGUUGUUGGACUUUGAAACCCAGUUCACUGGACAGCAGACCUCUCUUCGCAUCCAGCUUGCGCAAGAGGAAGUGACCGCACUGGGAUCUGCGCCAGCACCGGCGCAGCUGCUGUACCGACCGGUUCGAUCAGAACUCAACUAUGUUCAGACAGACUUCAACAACAUCCUAAAAAUGGUCAGAGACCAAGAUCUCUACAACACCCACACCAAACUCGUCUACUUGCCACCUGGCCGUGAUCCAGCGCCGGAGAUUGGUCUCCUUAAGCAGAAUCUAGCUCUGAUGAUCGACCGCCUUGCCAAUCGAUUCCAUGCCUACCAAGAUAUGACUCGUCCUCUCGUCAAUCUUCUCGGCUGUAUCCAGGUUGGUCUUUCGUUGAGUACAGGACUUACCACCUUGAGAGAGCAAAAUGGAUCUUUGAACCCGGAGGAAAACCUCAUGUACCUCACACCUUUCACUGGCGGCCUGCCGUACCACCACGGGCUCAAAAAGAUGCCGAACAAGAGCUUGGAGUUUCUCGACUACAUUGGUCUGAUCGUGUCAGUCGAGGGCUUGUCCAAGUUGAGCGGUGGUAUCCGCGAAGCGCUCUUUGAAUGCAUUCACAGGUUCUACCAAGAAUGGGCCAAAAAACUCGAAGAAGAUCGUAAAGCCGAGGAGGCCAGAACAAACCUUUACCGACACAAGGGAAGCUGGGAGGACGAGGAGGAGGUUGACGAGGAAGAGUUCAAUGAGCUCUUCCCCACGUAUGAUCAGGAAGAAGAAGAGAAGCCCGCCAUUGGCCACCAGAAGGUUCGCGAUGUGUCAGUCCGUCUGGCAGAAUCUCAUCGCAAGGUCUUCCUGGAGCAACUCACCCCUUCCGAAGCAUUGACGAACGUCUGCAAGAAGGUUGGGAACAGCGUUGCGGCGGAUAACAAGGACAAGUACGCUGUCCUGCCGAACAUGACGCGUCGUCUCCUUCCCCUGACUCUCUGGUCCAUUGACGAGCAAAUGACUACGCUCACCGCGAACGGGGUGAGCGCUACGUACAACUUUUACACUCACGCCAACCUGCCCGAGGUUCGUCGCCUGAUUGCGCUCGUCGACAAGGUAGAGGCCCGCUUCCGGGAUCUCCAACAAGUAGACGAGAUCGGUCACAUGCAGCCUUUGGCAGAUGUGCGUGCAGCUUGCGACCAGCUCCUCCAGCUUACCCACUCGGAGCCCCUGGCAAAGAUCCUCCCCAAGCUGGAGCACCUGCACGGCAUCGUCUACGAGUGGCAGCACGGGGGCUACGCUCCCGCCAUCUACGGAGCCCCUGCUCUCUACACAUCGCUCACGGAUACCAUCAUCAGCUGGAGACGCCUGGAGCUCUCGACGUGGGCGAAGCUCUUCGAUAUGGAAGCCCAGAAGUGCACGGAAGACGCCGACUCGUGGUUCUUUGUCGCCUACCAGGUCCUUAUUGCCACGCCUCUAUCUCUCGUCGACUCUCCCGAGCUCAAGGACUACGCGGUCAAUCUCGUCAGAGAGCUCGAGACGUACUUCUUGACUGCAAUCAUUGGACAGUUCUCUGCCCGCCUUAGACUCCUGAGACAGCUGCAAAAGCACCUCGAGCUGCUCACAGUCGACUACCCUUCCUUGGCAGUGGUCUCUGACGCGGCCAUCAACUUCAUUGGUUUCUACUCCCGCUUUGAGAAGAUCGUUCACCAAACGAUUGUAAAGGGACGGGCGCCGUUUGAAAAGACUAUGAAGGAGGUCGUACUGUUAGCCAGCUGGAAGGACACGAACAUCAACGCUCUGCGUGAGAGCGCACGCAAGUCUCACUUGAAGCUCUUCCGUCUUGUUCGCAAAUUCCGCACCCUUCUCGGACAGCCGAUGAAGCCUAUAUUGGACCAAGGCAUCCCCGACGAGGAUGUCCCCAUUCCCCAGGACGCAGUGGCCGCGGAUGCGAUUGACAUCAACGUCGAUCCCGCAGCCAUCAAGACCUGCGAUCAAGGCUUGCCAGGCUGGCUCGCUCAACACAAGCGUCUCUCGAACGCCUCAAAGACGCUGUCCAUCAUGGCCAACGUUUCUGUCCAGGCGAACCAGAGCCCCCUCGACGCCACCCAGGAGAUCAUCUCGUACGUCAAGGAGCUCAACACAUCCAUCGCCGAGCUGCGAAAGGAGACACCUAGCACCUUGACCGAUGAGACCAAGGACCAGGUCAAGCACCUCAAGACGCGCAAGCGCAACCUCUUUGCCGACGUGCUUAAGAUGAUGAGGCAGAUGGGCUUCCGAUACAACCUCGGAACCGACGAGCUGGCCCGACAAGAGUCUGCUGCCAUUGUGCUGGCUGGCUCGCCCGCCUCCGCUGUGCGGGAGGGCAGCACCGACGACGCCGCCGAGUACUACUUCCACAAAGUUGUCGAUAUUGCGUCCAAGGUCAGAGCCUCGAUCCACGAAUACUCGGGCGAUCUCACCGGUGCCGAGAUGCAACGAAGCACCGGUUUUAUGGAGGGUAUGAUGGCCGUCUUACUGGGCCAACACAGCUCUCUGUCUUCUGCUCGUAGUGCAGUUGCCUCACUCGACCGCGCCAUUGUCACCGUUGAAAGCUUGAAGGGCACAACUAUCAGGCAUGAUAUCGACCGCACGCCCGCAGGCCUCUCGACGAGCUGGAUGAAGCCAAUCCUGGACUUUGCUAUCAAGAUUGUGGACAUUCACGGAAGGUUGGCAUCGGUCGACAACCAGCCCAUUUCCAACACCUUGCGCACUGCGCUGCAGGAGUUCGAGACCCUGUCGGAGAGCUGGUCUACGUCUGCUUCAAAGCACGGCAAGUUCAGCAACGAAUCGCACACCGAUAUGCAAACAAGAUACAAUUCUGUGGCGAAGACCAUGUAUGACGAGCUUUCCACUAGUCGCCGCGAUCUUGACUUCAUCUUGGAGCAGGUCAAAGGAUGGAUUUACGUUCCAAAUGGCCAUGCUCGCCAAUUGCCGGCCCUCGAUGCCACCGCACAGAAGUUCAAGCAUGCAAUUUCCAGUCUGUGUGAUGCCGUCCUGGUCGCGGUUCAAGGAUACAAGAAGGCCAUGGCUGAUCUGCCUAGCUCGUCCGACGAUGCAGGCUGGCUGGCAAAGACAUCCACCGUCCGCAGCUCCGGACUGAGUGCACUCCACAUCAACGCAAUCGUAGCCAAGGUCGAGGAUUGCUUUUCCGCCUUGGAGGUUGUCGACUUGGACAAGGACCAGAUGGGUGCAGUCGCCUCGUCACUCUUCUCCAUUGUACUCCCGAUUCUCCAGCAGUACGCCCUCACCUGUCACCAGAGCCUGUCUCAGCUUCAGAGCCUGCAAGCGGCGACCGGAUACAUGACAUUCAACCUGGCGCAGACGUUUACUCAGCUUGCCGCCAAGGGCUUCUGCUCCCCUCAAGAAAAGUCAGACGAGCAAUCUGGGGACUCUGGAAAGAUGGAGUCCGGUACGGGUCUUGGAGAUGGAGACGGUGCAGAGGACAUUAGUAAAGACAUUCAACCUGAUGAGGACCUCACCGAACUCGCUCAAGAACCCAACAAGGAGAAGGAUGGAGAGAUGGAGGACGAAAAGGAUGCAGUCGACAUGGCGGAUGAGGAGAUGGAAGGAGAAAUGGGCAGUGUCAAUGGAGAUGAUGAGGAAGACAAGUCCGACGGAGAAGGCGAAGAUGGUGAAAAGGAUGAGAUGGAGGAAGAGGUGGGCGAUGUCGAUGACUUUGACCCCACUGCCGUCGACGAAAAGAUGUGGGAUGGAGACAAUGAAGAAGAAGCAGAGAAAGACCAGCAGGGCGAGAAGGCCAAGGGUCAGAAGAAGGAUGAGCAGAUGGCCGCCGAUGCCGACGCCAAUGCUGAUGAGAAUGAGGCCGAGGAUGACAACAAGAUGGAUCAGGAUGAUGACGAGGAGGCGGAGGACGAAGAGCCUGGCCCGGAGCAAGAGGAUGCCAAGUUCGAAGACGACCAAGUCAAGCAAGACCAGAACGUCGAAGAGAACGAUGCUCUUGAGAUGCCUGAGGAGAUGGACUUUGAUUUUGAGGAGGAAGGCGAAGAUGCCGGGUCCGAGGAGGAUGAGCUUGACAAGUUGUCCGACGUUGAAAAGGAAGAUGCCAAGGAGCAGCAUGAAUCCGACAUUGAGGAUGGAGAAGAGGACACCCAGCGACCCGAUGAGAAGGGCCCUGAAGAGGAAGAUGAGGACGGCAAGGAGGAGGAAGCGCCCGAGGAAGACCUCGCGGGCGAACCUGAGCUCGACAUGGAGCCCAAGGCGGAGGAAGAGGAAGAAGAGACUGCCGGGCAAGAGCAACCCGAUGCCCUCGCGGAGCCGCCCAAGGACAAUGCCAACGCUGACGCCAACGCUGCGCCGAGCGACGUCAAGGGCGGCGGCCAGGACCAAGACGUCGACCAGAUGGACGUCGAAAACGACUUCAACAACAACGCCGCCCAGCGCGACGACGGCGACGCGGGUGAAGGUUCCGCAGAGCAGCAGACGAGUGCCGGAAAGAAGGGCCAGCUCUCCCGGUCCGACGACCAGGCGCAGCCGACCGAUCAGGACCAGGACAACUCGGCCGAGGAGAAGAGCCGCCAGGAUCCCUUCAAGAAGCUCGGCGACGCCCUGGAGCGCUGGCAUCGCCAACAGAACGACAUCAAGGACCCCGAGAAGCAGGAUGGCAAAGAGGACGGUGAGAAGAAGCAGCCGCAGGAUACCAGCGCGGACCUCGGCGCCCGCGAGUUCCAGCACCUCGAGGAUGACGAGACCGCUGUCGAUGCGCAGGCCAUGGGCUCCGCAUCUGAGGACCAGGUGCAGCCGAUCGAUGAGGCCAUGGCCAUUGACGAGGAGAAGGAGGACCCGCAGAGCCGCGUGAUGCCCGAGGACCAGGACGUGGAUAUGGAGCAGGACACCACAGACAAGAUGGAUACCGAGGCGGAUGAGGCCCCCGAGGCACAGGAUAAAGACGGUGGCGCCGACAAGGACGACGGCCGUUCGGGCGUUAAAACGCGACAGGGCAACUUUGACCGCGAGCCGUCGCCCGAGGAAGACGAGGUCCCCAGAGACGGUGACCAGGAGGAGGAGCAAGCCAUCGAAGAGACGUCGACGCAGCUCUCGACGACGCACAUCAGCGAGGACGACAACACCCUACCCCUCGGCGACUUCUCCGAAGCCCUCCAGUCCUGGACGACCUUCCAGACCAAAACCCACCCGCUCUCCCUCUCCCUCACCUCCCAGCUCCGCCUCAUCCUCACCCCGUCCCAAUCCACCAAGCUCUCGGGCUCCUACCGCACCGGCAAACGCCUCAACAUCAAAAAGAUCAUCCCCUACAUCGCCUCCUCCUACAAGCGCGACAAGAUCUGGAUGCGCCGCGCCGUGCCCACAAAACGCUCCUACCAGAUCCUCCUCGCCGUCGACGACUCCCGCAGCAUGGGCGAGUCCUCCUCUGGCAACCUCGCCCUCGAGUCCCUCGUCAUGGUCUCCCGCGCCCUGACGAUGCUCGAGGUCGGCCAAGUCGGCGUCCUCGGCUUCGGCGCAGACACGUUCUUGGCGCACGAUUUCGCCUCCCCCUUUGCCUCCCACGACGCCGGCGCAAAAGUCCUGCAGCACUUCCACUUCAAGCAGGACCGCACCGACAUCGCCCUACUAGUCCGCCGCACAAUCGACCACUUCCGCGCCGCGCGCCUGCAGAACCCGUCGCGCGGCGGCGGCACAGAGGACCUCUGGCAGCUGGCGCUCAUCCUGUCCGACGGCCUGACGCCAUCGAACCAGCACGAGCCCAUCCGCCGCCUGCUCCGCGAGGCCAUGGAGGAGCGCAUCAUGGUCGUCUUCAUCGUCAUGGACGACACGGGCAACAAGAAGGGCGACAGCGUGUUGGAUCUCAAGGAGGCGAAGUUCGUAAAGGACGAGCACGGCGUGAGCCGCGUCGUGAUUGAGAGGUAUCUCGAUACCUUCCCCUUCCAGUACUACUUGAUUGUGCACAACCUUGAGGACCUGCCCGGCGCGUUGGCUGGGUUGUUGAGGACCUGGUUUGCCGAGGUCAACUCGUGA